ACAAUUUUGGAUGCUGAAGCGGAGGGAGUUUCGAAAUAUUUUAUAAUUAGCCGCGCUGUAACACGUAUAAUACGACAGUUAUGGUAAUGUUCCCGUCACCAACUGUUGUCACCAUUUGAACAAUCCACUACCCACUGACGUAACUUAUUGCACAGUGGGUUCCUGUCGACGAACCCCUCCUGAGUGCAUCAUUCAAAGGAAAAGCUGAUGCUGUCAUUCAAACAUGGAUCUAAAGUUGGAGGUUGUUUUGUCAUCCAGCAUCAAACGGAAGAAACCAUGGCCGCGGUUCUGUUGGCUUGGGAAGGAGAAGGAGUCUGUGUUCCUGUUAGAUGACAGGCGGAUCAGUGAAAUCAACAUGACGUCUGGUCGCACCAAGAAGAGGACUCCCAAACUCCAUGCUUUGCUCAACAGUGUGGUCACGAUGGCUUCAUCCCACAACGGUAUGUGGCUUUGUGGACUUUUGGCCUCAGGAGAGAUUUUUCUGUGGAACAGGGAUAAAGACUUAUUAAAGAAUGCUGCAGCAGUCCCAGAAGUAUUUCAAAUGAUUACUGCCGUUCAAGGGAAUGCUGUGCGACUGUCGCUCCAGGUCUCGGACAAUGGUACGCGCGUGUGCCUGGUAGCCUUAACGGGGCAAGUGUUCCUGUGGGAGUGUAUGGAUGUCAGGGAUUUGACAGGGGUACGGGAUGGCCCAGUCAAAGGACACUGGGCAAAUAUACAGCCCCUUGAAGACUCAAUCCUGCCUUCCACACAAGACAAGGAAGCAUCCCAACACACAAUUUUCAUCAAAACAGUGGUGCUGGGUGAUGCCUGUUUAUCAGCCUUUGUUUUCACAUCUAAGAAGAAGCUGAUCAUUACCUGCCUGAAAAUCCAAUGGGAAGAAGGCCCUGUUAGGGUGGGUUCUUUGGGGUACACCAUACAGUGGGCCACUAAGACCUACCCCAUGUCUCGCCUAACCCCGCCCUGCCAACCAGUGAAGUCCAGAGGUGCCUUGUUGGCCGCCUUCUCGCCAGAUGGGUCCCUGUUUGCCGUUGUCCUGAACCAGAGACAACCCAAGGCCACACAGGUCCUCUUUGUGAGCACACAGAAUUUUGUCUCAACGUCAAGUGGCCUGGGAGGAUGUGGAAGUAAGAAACUGGAGAUCCCCUCCAAAUACAUAAGAUCCUACUGGGUGGGCAGUGUGAGUUGGUCACCCGGCGGUCUUUUCCUGGCUUGUGUUCUGAAGAGAGGCUCCCUUCUUAUGCUCACUCGUCUUGGGGGGCUUAUCACUCUAACAAGCUGUGGUUGCAAUGUGGACUUCGGGCCAGCACACUUCCUACCCCUGCACCCUCUCGUCACUUACCGGGCGCCAUUGUCUGCAGGGAAGGCGGAGGCCUCUGUGUCCAGCUCUAGCCUGUCAGUGCGGGAUGUCCUGAGACAGCGGUACUCUGUGACCUGGCAUCCAAGGCUUUGGUAUCUCAUCGUGUCUGAUGGCUACAUGGCCACAGUCAUGAGGGUGCUGGAUAGGCCGUCUCCUGCCCUCACGCUGAAAACACUUCUAAAGGACGCAAGCACUGACUUGGAGAAGGCCAGUCAGCUACUUGAUAGAUCCCAGAUUCAUCUGAGGGCCUGGUUGGAGUCCCUGUCUUGCCUUAACCUUGACAGCAGCCUUAUGACACGUGGGCCCAGCACUGCAGACUCCGUCAUUUCAGCAGCCACAGAUGGAUCCACUUUGCCACUCUUCCUGCAAGAUCAGGGGACAUUGGGUGGUACCAUGGAAUUUCUUGAAAAAGUACAGACGUUCUUUGAGGAUGACUCUGAUGUUGACGGACCUCCUGCUGGUUCUCAUGUGGAGGAUGGUGGCCGUCUGGAGUUCGCCUCGAUGUUUGACACACUCCAUGCCUUGGACACACAGACCGACUCUGCACUUGUUAAUAGCCCAAAUUCUGAAAAGGAUUCAGGUGAAACGGAGAGGAAGACCCCGCUUAUUCGCCGUGAACUGGGAAAAAUCCAAACUAAGCUGUUAACAGCCUGGGCUUUCGGCAUGUCUCUAGGAAAUGCAAUGGAGAACCGAACUCUUCUGCUGAGGCACACCCUCCACUGUGCGGUGCGAUUAGCUGCUUUACUCCAUUUGAUCCCAGUCUCUGUGAACUCAGGGAGAAAGAGUGUGCCGGUUUCUACCCGCAUUCUGCACCUUCUCAAGGCCCUCCUGUCAUUCCUGCCCUGGGACAGCACUCACACCGAUGGGCCCUGCUGCCUGGGGCUGGUGGUAGAGCUCAGCAAGCGGCUGAUACGCCUUCUGCUCACUCCUCCCCCCGAGUCUCACCACACCGAUCACUGUCAGUUGUCAUCUCAGAGUCUAUCCUCCGUCCUGCUCGUCCUGCAGCUGGUCUCCGAUUCUCUUGACAACACCUACAGCCUCCAGCAAAGAACUCUCUGGUCUUCUGCGGAGGAGGAGUCUCUUUCCCGGCCUCCACAACAGUGGCCCUCCGAUGCCCACUAUGUGCCUCUGUUACAGACCGAGAAAGAGGAGAAAUCCUGUUUCGUACAUCAGGCCAGGCCGGUUCCCCAGAGACCAUCCAGCAGAUUACUGAGAGUGUGGCAGUGGGUGUACAAGAUCACCCAGCAGUAUACGGAUGAUCUGAAAAGCUUUAAAGGCUGCGAUGGCUGGGAGGAGGAACAACAAAAAUUGUCUGUUAUAAUGUCCCAGAUCCAAACCGCUCUGCAGGCUACGGGAGAAAGACUAGAAGAGGGUCCUGCUCUGCUGAGCUACCAAGGUGAAAGUCUUUUCCUCUGUGGCUCGUACUCAAACAGUGCAGAUGUGUGGCGGUCACAAAUCUGUGAGGAGAGCAACAAAUACUCUGAUCGUGGUGUCUUCAAGGAGACACGGCUCUGUCUGGCGCUCCUCUACAGUCUGCUAUCACAGUACCGUCUGAGAGAAAGCCAAGAGUUGGGGGACCACAUGGCCCGCCUGAUCCUGCACAGGGCUCAACACCAGACGGACGACAUGACCAGCAUGACAGCUGACUCCCUUCCUUGCCCGUGGCUGCCGACGGACCUCCACAGCGACGCUGCUUUUGCCGUGGUUCAGACCCUGGGGAGAUUCAUGGCGUCUUAUUUCACCAACCGACCCCUCUACAUCCUUCCCCCUCACCAUGUGGCCGUCUUGCCUCCGCUACAUCUACCUGAUGCCGCUAGUGUUGGGCGCUUGGUGCCACUGUGCCAGGAGGAGGUGUCUAGAGCAGUGCGACAACAGCAGCUGUCAGAGGUAUGGACAGUGGAAUACGCCCAGGACCUGCUCCUGCUAGGAGGCCUGCUUCCUGAGACCGUGUGGUUGGCUUAUCAUCUCGGCGACUGGAAGGCAGCCGCCUCUCUGAGCCUGGCCUACACCAAUUUCUGCAGCGAUCACUUUGACUUCACUCGGCUCAGGAGGAGAGAGCUCCACCUCCCAACGACUUUAGAACCGGAAAGUAUUUUUGAGGUAGAGCUGGAAAGUCUUCUGGGCAAUAAGUCCGACUUACAAGAGCGCAGCGAUAAAGAUGGUGACAAAAGCUUUAUAGACCCUUUGGAAGGAGAAGACUUGGAGUUGUUACAGGUUUCCAUCCAGGAGAUCCUAAAGGCCUCGGUCAUGGCGGGAGUGAAUGUGUUGUCUUCACCACUGGCUUGCUUGCUAAACACAGUCAAAGACCUCUGUGCUUGCCUGACGUUCUUGGUGCCCACUGGAUUAUAUCUGCCUUCCCCUCCUCUUUAUUGCCCCCAGCCGUCCCCCAACACACUGGACCCAAUAGGGACGACAGGGCAAUUUGCGGAAGUUGCAUCGCGUCACAAAGUGUCUGGAGUUCUCCAAAGAUUGCUGUUACUUCUGAGGUCUGCACGGUGCUGCCAUCCGGCUGCCCAGUGGUACAUCAGCCAUCUACGCCGUGCCAGACACGUACUACACAAGAUCAAGAAGAAAUACGCUUAUCCAUCAGCGGCUGAAGAAGAAAAAGCUUUUCCAGAGGGCCUGACAAGGUUUGUCAGCCGUGGUGGAUUCUUCAGACGGGGGCCGAAUAACGACGGUCGCCUGGACCCUGACACUGUUCAAACUAUCAUCUGUUUCAGGGAGCUGUGUGCUUUGUCCUGGAUGCUUCAUGUCAGGGACCAGCUCUCUAUUUCCUGCAGGAAGUAUCAGGCUGCCAGACAGCAUGAGAGAGAUGAACAGAUCCCAGGUGGUUCAGAAGUGAGAUCGACCUGCGUUGAUGCUCUCCGGUGGGCCUGCCGAUUCUUGCCUUUCUCUUGCUUUCUCAAUGCUGAAGAGGUCCUCCAGGAUGUCCUGCUCAGCCUCGUGUCUGAACUUCCUCCUCUCUCUCUGGUGGCAGACGCGCUAGUGCGAGCCUUCCCAGAGGAGGAAGAGUCCGUCAGAGUCCCUCUGAGAGAAAAGUAUAACUCACUGCUGCAGAAACUCAGGGGAUGCGAUGUCCUCGAAGGCGAAAAAGAGGAGGUGAACGAAUCGAUGAUGAUUGUGAUCCAAGACAAAUUCAGGCUGAGGAGAAAACAUCUCGGACGUUUGAAGAGACACCUGGCCCCUCCCGAGCUCCAUCUGUGGGAGAAAGAGGAGGAGCAGGAUGACAGGGGGAGCAAACAUGCGAUGGCCAUGUUGAGACAACUCUCACUAGGUACAAGUCUGAGCACCAGCACUUUAACUGACCGCGGGUUUCCCCCGGUGCACAGUGACGCAGACACAGUGGAUAACACAUCUGAGACUACCUCUCCUGACUUGCAUAGCAGAGCCACAACAAGGGGCAACAAAGCAAAAGUAAGGAACAGAGAACAUGCAAAGAAGGCUGCUGUUAAGAUUAAAAGCGUCAUCAAGGAGGAGAGCCAGCCAAUCCAUGCCGAGGAGAAUCAGCAGCCCCCCCUACCUGUGGUCGGUAGCUGGGAGUUUGAGCUGGAAGAUGAGGAGUAUCUCAAUUUUCUGGAGCUCUUCCUCAGCUACGUGCUAGAGAAGGAUAGCGCCGAUGGAGGCGACGCUGGGACUGAACUUCCGUUGUUGAAGGGCUUCUCCUCCCGGCUGAGGGAGAGAGAGUUGCAUUCCCUCACCUUUGAUGUGCUCACAACUAUCCAUCGCCGGCAAAGAGACGUGCACCAUCCCGCCAGAAAGCACCCGGGAAAUGAUCCUCCAGUGUUCAGAGCCGGCUGCUGCUACAAGCCUGUGAAACAAGUUGUGACCCCCGAUCUGCAAGCGUCCUCUGUCCGUAGUGAAGCCCCCGUAUCCAGAGCUAGCCUCUCCGUCACCUCUCUUCCUGGGCUGAGGACCGGCAGGCAAAAAGGUUUGUUUGGCCUCCGACAGCAGAGGCUUUGGGGGCAAAGAAGGGAGGGGGAGAAUGUUGUGUCGGAAAGCAGCCCUUGUAGACGUGCCUUUGCAACAGUGCAGCCCGCAGAGAAAUUCGUGUUCAGCCCCUCUACGUCUGUGGAGGCGGUGAUGGAACCGCAGCGGGGAUUGGACCCUAAACUAGAAGCACAGUUUCCACAGCUGGGCAGGCUGCUGGAGUGGAUGGUACGCUGGGCUGACAGGAGGGCGCUGCUAGGGCAUCAUGGUCAAAAGAAGAGAGAGGCGGCCGGAGGGCGAGCCGACGAAGGAGUCGUGAUCCGCGUCAAAGCCUCGGCGCCCGCCGUCUUGACUUCCCUCAGUUUGCUGGAGCGCAGGUGUAAUGCCCUGCUCGGGUCAGACCGCAACAGUGCCCACAUCCGAGUUCCACAAACACAGUGGAUUGUAGCCCCUGUGCUGCAGCCCGAGGCUGAUCGGAUGCCGGAGAGAGAGAGCAGUGUUGAUACAGGUUACCCCGGAUCAGCCAACACUCCCAUCAUUGGUCUUGAUUGCAAUCUACAGCAAGCAGAGGUGUCCAUUGGUUCUCGCACAGAGGACCCAGAGGAGCAAACAGUUGUCAGAUCACCUGUCCCUAGCGACCAGGAUCGACCUACCUCAGAAAAACCAUCUGAAGAUGACUUAGAUCCUACGUGUGAAACAGAAGGCAAAAGAUGUGAGAGUGAGGGCUUGGAAGUCUCCUCAUCUGUUUCCAAAGGGAACAUCUUCACACCUGAAACGAGUUUGAAGCUUGCUGACCUGGACACAUCAGAAAGUGCCAAAGACACUUCCAGCUCCACCUCUCUCCACAGUCAUGCUGAACGCCCACAAGCCCCCCCCGACCCGGAGCCCCAAGCUUCCCCUGCUGUCCAGCGCGAGGCACAAGUCCAUGCAGAUCCUUUCGGUUCAAUUGGAGUGCUGCUCAGCAACGCGCACAGGGCUCCUCCAAACCUCCCGCCACAAAGCCCCGAACCCGGCGCUGAUCCUACAACCCCCAGUCAGCCAUCAUCCAAUCAGACAGUGCCAAUGCGACAGCGUCUGGGGGAGGACCUGUUCAGACUGGUUCAGCAUAUCAACUACAUGAGUCUGACGGAGGUUCUGGGAGCUUCAUUUUCUAACCUGGCACAGCAGAGCUCUUCUUUGGCCCAGUCUCAGAUGAACACAUCACACCCUAACGCGCCAUCCUCUCAUGCUCCCAAAUUCAUCCCUCAACCAAAUCCCAUCACCGGUCAAACCAACAUCUCUUUGCCACUUCAGACUCAAGAAUUUUUGCCAAACUCAAGAUUAAACGACCCUCAGUCCAGUCAGGCCGCUGCUUUCCAAAGCUCAGGGAACACCUCUCCAACAUGCACCCGGCUUCACACCACCAGGAAUCUACCCUCUGCCGCUAAUGGUGCAGGUGCAAGUCAUCAGGGAAUGCAGCCACUCUCUGUCCAGGUGAUGUCGCCAGAAACUCACUUUAGUGAGAACAAGAGGUUAAUCGCACCCUCCCAGGGGCUCUUGACCACUACUCACGCCAGUCGUCCUACUCAGAAGGUCCUUUUACUACUACCUCCUAAAAACAUCAAAGAAAGUGACGCUCCUCCCCCGGUCUUGGGUCCAUCGCCCCAGCAGGCGCUGCACUUUGCUUACCCUGCGACCAGCGAGCCCCAUCAGCACGCGCUUAAACACAAAGACCAAUCCAUCCCGGUUCCAAAAGGACAACUCCGUCUUAAUGCUCCGGAUGAGCCAACUCCCAACCCGAGGCACUGCCAACCCACGAGUGACACAUCGGAGAGAUCCAGAGGGCCAGGGUUCUCCCUGCUUCCCCCCGCUUUACCAGCUCACCCACCUGAACCAAUGCGCGGCCUUCGUCUGCUGCACUUAGAGCCGGUUCCGCGUUGCGAAACCACGUUCCCCAAGCUGCCCUUACCACCGGCCUCCUGGUCCCCUCCGGACGUCUCAGCUCCGAUGGGAGAAGCGCCUAUGAUCAAGCUUCUGCACAUAGAUGCUGGACGAGAAAAGAUGUUUCCCAAAGCCACUCUCUCGGCCCAAGUGACCCGUCUCAUGUCCAUGGAGGAGUUGACAAGCUUGGUGGGAGGGAGGGAGGACGCUGAAAAGGCUCAACUGCUGUCGCUCAGAGUAGACCAUGGUACUGAAAGGACCAGAAGAGCCACCACCUCUCCCAGCACCAUCUCCCACACGAGGCAGAAGAGGAGAGAGGAGAAGGCAGGGAGGGCGAGAAAACCAGAGGUCACAUUCAGACCAAAUGAGUCUAUCAUUCCUACACAAGAGCCAACAAAUGAACCCGCACACGAAGAGCCCGCAGCUGCUGAAGAGAUCUGCCCGGGACAAGAUGUUGCUAAUUUUUCUCAAUUUGGGUCCUUUGAUUCUUUGCUGACUGGUCAGAGAUUAUUGGACCGGGCUACAUCCACUUCAGCUGAGCUCCACGCCUUUGCUUCUAUGUGUAAAAGGCCUCCAGAGUGCCAAGACGCUUUCACCAACACGGACCCGGCCUGUCCUCCCACAUUUGUGGAUAAAGCUGUGUCGGCCAUUGUGAAUGCUAGUAGUCCUAACUCACAACCUUUAAGGAAUAGGCCGUUUUGCAGCGAGAGCCCUGUUCAAGAUACAGAGGAGACCCCACAAAGGAAUGAGAGGAAUCUGGGUCCUGAUGGACGGCAGUUCCUAAGUGUCUUGGAUCUAGAAGACGAAGCUCUGCAUCAGGACUUAGCGCCCGGAGCACAGAAUGUUCCCUCCACCUACCCUUCUUCUCCUACUUCUGCUCAGUUGCAUUUACUCGCUCCUUCUGUAAUUAGGAGCGAUGCUGCUGCUGCUGCUCCACAACCCGUAGUCACAAUUCAAGAGGAUCCUGGCUGGACGUCACACAAAGAUGUCCCAGAGGAGUCGCCAUGCCUCAGUGACGUGGAGCCCAAUGAAUAUCCACAAGGGAUCAUUCAACAAGAGAUGGUAGAGCGAUAUGACUCUAACAUAUUUCAAGCCAUAAAGACCCAGAGUGAUGGACCUCAAAGGGCCUCGUCCAGACCUCCUACGGUCUGGUUCUCCUCCCGCCUGUCAGAGCUGGACGCUCAGUUGGCCGCUCUACAGAACAUUGCGGACAAUCUUGAGAUGGACUUCUCCAACUCCAGGAUGCUGGUAAACACUAUUGAAAAGCUCACCCCAGUCUCGGCGCCUGAGGUAAAGACGACCGAGGCAGUUAAAAAAAGCGUUAGACUGUCUGUCCCGCAGGAAGCAUGGUUACCACGACUGGACACGCUGACUGAAGCAAAUGCCUUGGAAGAAGAAGAAGAAGAAGAAGAAGAAAAUCACGAAGAAGAAGAAAGUGUGCUUUACAACGAUUCCUGGGCAUAUAAAAAGAAGCCAUCUUUUUUUUAUUCUACCUCUUCUUACAGUCACAUCGCUGGCCCCUCCUACCUUCAUACCCCUCCAAAAGUGAAAAAUCAUCUGACUGACACACUUGGGAAACCAUCUGUCUGGGAAGAUGAGAAUCUGGGUCAGCCUGAGCUAUCCGAUACAGUGGAAAUGUUAGACGACUUGAUUAGGGAAGGUUAUUUAUCCCUGACUGACCUGAAUCUGUCCCAUUCACAGACUGCAAACGAUAGCAGGCCGGACCGGGAGCAAAGUAGCUGGAUGUCGCAGAAACGCGUCCGUCCGGAAGACGAGAGGAGAGAGCUGAGGAUCUGGAUGAGAAGGAAACAGAGGGAAGGACUGGCUGUUUAUCAAAAACACAGAGAGAGCCUGAGGGAGAGGGAGCACAAACCCUUUUCCACCUCUGGGGCAACGAAAUCAACAAACAAGAAACAAGCAUCUACUUGGGAAGCCAGGGAGGAAAAGAAAAGGUUGAUGCUUCUGGAGCGAUACAAUCAGAGGACCCGCGAAGCCUGUUCUUUGGUCGGGGACUCUCCCGGCACUCGUCCAACCCUACGCACGUCUUUACAGACCAAAGGUUCAUCAGUGCCCUUGACUACACGACCCACUACCGCUCCACCCCCUGGUAGCACUCACAGGGCACAUAGGGAAUCCGCCAAAGAUAAAAUAAGACCGAAGUCAGGACCAGCUCAACCUCACCUUGCAGCAUGGACUGUUCAGAUGCAGAGACGGCCCUCAGAGGAUCCCCGCAGGAGACUGGGACUACAUAGACCAGUUACCUCCCUGCCAAGGGACCGUCUGUCUCAGGUGACCAGGCGCGGCAUGCUCACGCACACAAAGAGCCACACUAAAUUGCACACAGCCAGCCAGCGUGAGGAACGGCCUUCAGGUUGGACUGUUGGCCAGAGGGGGAUCUUAAGGGAGCAUGCGAGAAUGCAAGAGAGAGGAGAGGAGAAUCUUCGGGGGGCCACUUCCGAAUUGAGAAGACGUCUGGAGCCGGAGGAGUCUUACACAAGUUUUUCUGGCUUGUUGGAUGAGCAGGUUGAUGGUGCCAGAGCCGGAGUGUCAGCGCUGGACUUGCUAGACAACCUUUCUGAGAGCGCCAGCAGCAGUCUCAGCAAAAUUGACUGGGCAGCUAUUGAGAGGAUGGUGGCUGAAGAGGACCCUUGAAGCUUAAGUAGAUCUACUUCUGGGAUCUGAUGUGCCUUUUGAAUACACUGUAAUUGAGAAGCAUUUAAAGUUUGAUAUUAUAAUUUCUGUAAUGAAAAUACAUUUCAUAUGAUUAACUGAUAUCAAAUGUCAUUAGUUUUCAUUUAUUUAUUGGUAAAGAAGGCCUGAAAUGUACAAUUCUUGGUGUUAUCAAUUUAAUUUUCUCGUAUAAUUUAUAAAAGAAUAUUUUUUGCACUGAAUUUAGGUUUGUGCCUU